AUGAGCAAUAUCGAAGCUACAAUAAUAUGUAUAGAUAAUAGUGAUUAUAAUAGAAAUGAAGAUAUAGUCCCUAACAGAUUUUUAUCACAGAUCGAUUGUGUGAAUGUUCUGUGUUGUAAUAAAACGAGCUUACACUACAAAAACAACAUAGGCAUAUUAAUGAUGGCCGGGGAUAAAAUAAAAGUGAAGGUGUCUUUAACGAAUGAUAUAGGUCAAUUACUUUCUUGUAUUCAUGAUAUAAAACUAGAUGGUACAUGUGAUAUAAUAAGAAGUUUGUUAAUAGCCCAGCUAGCUUUAAAGCAUAGAGUAGAUAAGAAUUUAGAUCAGAAGAUAAUAUUAUUUAUAGGUAGUCCGUUUCAUGUUAAUGAAAAGCAAUUAAUAAAUACUGGGAAGCAAUUAAAAAAGAACAACAUAUCUGUAGAUAUAAUAAGUUUUGGUAAUAUAGAUAAGAAUAGAGAUAAAUUAAUGAUGUUAUUUGAGAGUGUAAAUAAUAAUGAUAAUUGUAGAUUUAUUGAAUGUCCAGAAUAUGAGAAUAAUUUAAGUAAAUUUGUUUUGAAUUCAUUUUUAAAUAAUAAUGAUUUUAAUAUAGGAAAUAUUCAAGAUGAUGAUCAGCUACUGAAUGCUAUGCAAUUAUCUUUGGAAGAAAGUCAGCAUAUGGAUAAAAAUUUGAAUACUACUAAUAACAUAAACACAGGUAGUAAUCAUCAUACUAAUAAUAUUACAACUAAUAAUAAUGACUUACCCACCAUUGAAGAAAUCGAAAAUAUGAAAGAUAUAGAUAAUGAGUUAAAGGAGGCAUUAAUAUUGUCUUUAAGGGAAUAUACAGAAAAGAAUAAAUUAGAAAAUAAAGACACAACAAGUAAUAAUAAUAAUAAUAAUAAUGAAAGUAAUAAUAACAAUAAUGAAAGCAACAACAAUAAUAAUGAAAGCAACAACAAUAAUAAUGAAAGCAACAACAAUAAUAAUGAAAGCAACAACAAUAAUAAUGAAAGCAACAACAAUAAUAAUGAAAGCAACAACAAUAAUAAUGGUAACACGUGUGGUAAUAAUAAUAAUAAUUCUCUUAAUUUUUAUAAAAAAGAUGACAAUUUUGCUCUUGUGAAUGAAAGUUAUAAAAAUAAUUUUGAUAAAAAUGACGAGAAUAAAUUAGAAACAUCCAAGGAGAAAAAAGAAAAUGAAAGUUAUGAAAAAGUAUUUAAAAUUGAUAAAGAAGAAAAUAUGGAAGAUACUUCCAAAGAUAUUAUUAAUGAACAUAUUUAUAAGGACAUUCAACACAAUGAUGAAAAUAAUAAUGUAAUAAACCAAGGUGAAGAAAAGGAGCAAUCGGCAUCUUCAUUAAUACAAGAUCCUAGUUAUAUAUCCAACAUCUUAGGAAAAAUAAAUCCAAAUGUUAAUGUUUUUGAUAAAAAGGAGGGAGACAGCGACAAAGAAAAAAAUAAAGAAUAA